AUGCCACGGCCUUUUGGAGUUUGGGCGCCCGCCACGACCCUUGCGGAGUACCGGGCGCGUGUGCCGAAUCUCUCGGCAUUUUCAUUGAAGUGGAUAUACUCGGCAAAGCGGGAGGUGUACUACCAUCCCGAGGCACUUGCACAUUUCAAGGAUCACCAGCAGUACAAAGACGCCGUGGAUACCGUCAGGGCAAUGAGUGUUUCAGACAAGUUCUUUGGUGAGGGACAGAAGCUUCCGCGUCGUCCAGUGAUUAAAUUGAUGGGGGCAUUACUUGUUGAGGGCUUGUUGGUUUACGCUGUUAUUCGAUACUACUACGGUGUCUACGUGCCUGCCAACAACCCAACAUGGCGUAAGGUGGUGAAUAAGGAGUGGGAGGAGGCAAUUAACACAUCACCGUGGGAUCACAUGUCACAUGUCUGGCAGUACAGUGAUCAAUAUGCAGCUGUGAUGGGUGACACCGCCUCGCCAGGACCGCGGAAGUUUUAUAUCCCGGCCUAA